CCUCAGCUCCUGCUCCCCGUGCCGCCGGCCCCAGCGCUGUCUCCCGGGCCCCCCCGGGCCCCCGGGCCCUCAAGCCCGGUGCGCGCCCUCGCGUCCCGCCGGCCCCCUCCCCCGGCUGGGCCCGGGGGAGGGUGGCGCCGUGAGCGAGCUGGGACUGGGCUCUCCUGCCCCUUCCCCUGUCCCUGGGCCGCCAGAAUGGAGGCGGGGUCCGGGCCCCCGGGUGGCCCUGGAUCUGAGAGCCCCAACAGGGCGGUGGAGUACCUGCUGGAGCUGAACAACAUCAUCGAGAGCCAGCAGCAGCUGCUGGAGACCCAGCGGCGGCGCAUCGAGGAGCUGGAAGGCCAGCUGGACCAGCUCACCCAGGAGAACCGCGACCUGCGGGAGGAGAGCCAGCUGCACCGCGGGGAGCUGCACCGGGACCCCCACGGCGCGCGGGACGGUCCAGGCCGCGAGAGCCAGUACCAGAACCUGCGCGAGACCCAGUUCCACCACCGCGAGCUGCGGGAGAGCCAGUUCCACCAGGCGGCCCGGGACGUGGGGUACCCGAACCGGGACAGCGCCUACCAGAACCGGGAGGCUGUGUAUCGGGACAAGGAGAGGGACGCCUCCUAUCCACUCCAGGACACUACCGGUUACACAGCCCGUGAGCGCGACGUGGCCCCGUGCCAUCUGCACCACGAGAACCCAGCCCUGGGUCGCGAGCGCAGCGGGCGGGAGGCUGGGCCAGUGCACCCAGGACGUGAGAAGGAAGCCGGCUAUUCCGCGGCGGUGGGCGUGGGGCCGCGGCCACCUCGGGAGCGGGGCCAGCUGAGCCGCGGCGCGUCCAGGAGCUCCAGCCCCGGCGCUGGUGGAGGCCACAGCACCAGCACCAGCACCAGCCCGGCUACAACCCUCCAGAGAAAAUCUGAUGGUGAGAAUUCCAGAACAGUCAGUGUGGAGGGUGAUGCCCCAGGCAGUGACCUCAGCACAGCGGUUGAUAGCCCUGGGAGCCAACCCCCCUACCGGCUGAGCCAGCUACCCACUACCAGCAGCCACAUGGGGGGCCCUCCUACUGGGGUGGGCCUUCCCUGGGCUCAGCGGGCACGCCUCCAGCCGGCCAGUGUUGCUCUGAGGAAGCAGGAAGAAGAGGAGAUAAAGCGCUCCAAGGCCCUAUCGGACAGCUAUGAACUCUCCACAGACUUGCAGGAUAAAAAGGUGGAAAUGCUGGAGAGGAAGUAUGGGGGCUCCUUCCUAAGCCGCAGGGCUGCCAGGACCAUCCAAACAGCCUUCCGCCAGUACCGCAUGAACAAGAACUUUGAGCGGCUACGCAGCUCAGCUUCAGAGAGCCGCAUGUCCCGCCGCAUCAUCCUUUCUAACAUGCGGAUGCAGUUUUCUUUUGAGGAGUACGAGAAGGCACAGAAUCCUGCAUACUUUGAGGGCAAGCCGGCCUCGCUGGACGAGGGUGCCAUGGCUGGUGCCCGGAGCCACCGGCUUGAUCGGGGGCUCCCCUACGGAGGCUCCUGUGGUGGGGGCAUCGAUGGUGGUGGAAGCUCUGUCACCACAUCUGGAGAAUUUUCUAAUGACAUCACAGAACUAGAGGACUCCUUCUCCAAACAGGUGAAGUCUCUAGCUGAAUCUAUUGAUGAGGCCUUGAACUGCCACCCAUCGGGGCCCAUGUCUGAGGAGCCAGGGUCAGCCCAAUUGGAGAAGCGGGAGUCAAAGGAACAGCAAGAAGACAGCUCGGCCACGUCCUUCAGUGACCUUCCCCUCUAUCUGGAUGACCCAGGUCCUCCACCAUCUCCUGAGCGACUACCCAGCACAGAACCCCCACCCCAAGGCCGGCCUGAGUUUUGGGCACCAGCCGCCCUCCCCCCAGUUCCUCCACCAGUGCCACCAGGGACCCGGGAAGAUGGUAGCCGUGAGGAAGGCCCCCGCCGGGGACCUGGUUGCUUGGAAUGCAGGGAUUUCCGGCUGCGGGCUGCCCACCUUCCCCUGCUUACCAUUGAGCCUCCUAGUGACAGCUCCGUGGACCUGAGUGAUCGCUCAGAUCGAGGCUCUGUCCAUCGCCAGCUGGUGUAUGAGGCUGAUGGCUGCAGCCCCCAUGGGACCCUGAAGCACAAGGGACCACCAGGCAGGGCCCCAAUCCCACACCGUCACUACCCAGUCCCUGAGGGCCCCGCCCCAGCCCCACCUGGACCCCUGCCACCAGCCCCCAACAGUGGCACUGGGCCCGGUGGUGUGGCUGGGAGUCGGAGGUUGGGGAAGUGUGAGGCAGCUGGCGAGAACUCUGAUGGUGGAGAUAACGAGAGCCUGGAGAGCUCCAGCAAUUCCAACGAGACCAUCAACUGCAGCUCCGGCUCCUCUUCUCGGGACAGCCUGAGGGAGCCUCCAGCUGCUGGCCUGUGCAAGCAGACGUACCAGAGGGAGACAAGGCACAGCUGGGAUUCACCAGCCUUCAAUAAUGAUGUGGUACAGAGGCGGCAUUACCGCAUUGGCCUCAACCUCUUCAAUAAGAAGCCAGAGAAGGGUAUCCAGUAUUUGAUCGAACGAGGCUUCCUGUCAGACACACCAGUGGGAGUGGCUCACUUCAUCCUGGAGCGAAAAGGCCUGAGCCGGCAGAUGAUAGGGGAAUUCCUAGGGAACCGGCAGAAGCAGUUCAACAGAGAUGUGUUGGAUUGUGUAGUGGAUGAGAUGGACUUUUCCUCCAUGGAUCUGGAUGAUGCACUCCGGAAGUUCCAAUCCCAUAUCCGGGUUCAGGGUGAGGCCCAGAAAGUGGAGCGACUCAUCGAAGCUUUCAGCCAGCGGUAUUGUGUCUGCAAUCCAGCCCUAGUUCGCCAGUUCCGGAACCCAGAUACCAUCUUCAUUCUUGCUUUUGCCAUCAUCCUUCUCAAUACUGACAUGUACAGUCCCAGCGUUAAGGCUGAACGCAAGAUGAAACUAGAUGACUUCAUCAAGAACCUGAGAGGGGUUGACAAUGGUGAAGACAUCCCCCGAGACCUCCUGGUCGGCAUCUACCAGCGCAUCCAGGGACGCGAACUGAGAACCAACGAUGACCAUGUGUCCCAGGUGCAGGCCGUGGAGCGCAUGAUUGUUGGCAAAAAACCAGUGCUAUCUCUUCCUCACCGCCGACUGGUUUGCUGUUGCCAGCUCUAUGAGGUGCCAGAUCCAAAUCGCCCCCAGAGGAUAGGGCUGCAUCAGCGGGAGGUCUUCCUCUUCAAUGAUCUCCUCGUGGUCACCAAAAUUUUCCAGAAGAAGAAGAUCUUGGUGACGUACAGCUUCCGUCAGUCCUUCCCCCUGGUGGAAAUGCACAUGCAGCUCUUCCAGAAUUCCUAUUACCAGUUUGGGAUCAAGUUGCUGUCUGCAGUUCCCGGCGGGGAGCGCAAAGUCCUCAUCAUCUUCAAUGCCCCCAGCCUUCAGGACCGGCUGCGCUUCACAUCUGACCUUCGUGAGUCCAUCGCAGAGGUGCAGGAGAUGGAGAAGUACCGUGUGGAGUCGGAGCUGGAGAAGCAGAAGGGUAUGAUGCGGCCUAACACCUCACAACCUGGAGGAGCAAAGGACUCAGUGAAUGGGACACUGGCCCGCAGUAGCCUGGAGGACACUUAUGGGGCAGGCGAUGGGCUCAAACGGGGUGCACUCAGCAGUUCCCUGCGAGACCUCUCUGAUGCAGGGAAGCGGGGGCGGCGUAACAGCGUGGGAUCGCUGGACAGCACCAUCGAAGGGUCUGUUAUUAGCAGUCCACGCCCUCACCAGAGGAUGCCACCUCCACCCCCACCCCCGCCGCCAGAGGAGUACAAGAGCCAGAGGCCAGUCUCCAACUCCUCAUCCUUCCUGGGCUCCCUAUUUGGAAGCAAGCGGGGCAAAGGGCCCUUCCAGAUGCCACCACCGCCAACAGGCCAGGCCUCUGCCUCCUCUUCAUCUGCUUCCUCCUCCCACCACCACCACCACCACCACCACCAUGGUCACAGCCAUGGUGGCAUGGGGGUGCUGCCUGAUGGGCAAUCCAAGCUCCAGGCUCUGCAUGCCCAGUACUGCCAAGGACCAGGGCCAGCUCCACCACCCUACCUCCCACCCCAGCAACCUCCUCUCCCCCCACCACCUCAGCAACCCCCACCCCUGCCCCAGUUGGGCUCCAUUCCACCACCACCCGCCUCAGCCCCUCCUGUGGGGCCACAUCGUCACUUCCAUGCCCAUGGUCCGGUCCCAGGGCCCCAGCACUAUACCUUGGGCCGACCUGGAAGGGCUCCCAGACGGGGGGCUGGGGGACAUCCUCAGUUUGGUCCACAUGGCCGCCAUCCCCUACACCAGCCCACAUCCCCCUUGCCCCUGUACAGUCCUGCCCCUCAGCACCCUCCUGCCCACAAACAGGGCCCCAAGCACUUCAUCUUCAGUCACCACCCACAGAUGAUGCCAGCAGCAGGCGCAGCAGGGGGCCCUGGGUCCCGGCCACCAGGGAGCUCCUACUCCCACCCCCACCACCCGCAGUCACCAUUGUCACCGCACUCACCCAUCCCACCCCACCCUUCCUACCCACCCCUACCCCCACCCUCACCUCAUACCCCACAUUCACCCCUGCCACCCACCUCCCCCCAUGGCCCACUGCACGCCUCUGGGCCCUCUGGCACAGCCAACCCACCCAGUGCAAACCCCAAGGCCAAGCCAAGCCGGAUCAGCACCGUGGUCUAAUGAAUGGAAGCAAGCCAGCUGGGGAACAGGAAGGUCUGGGGAAUCUACAGGAGAGGGACCUUGCCCCCCCCCCCGUGUUCCCCAGUUUUUAAAACAUAUAUAUAUACACAUAGCAAUGUCCUCCUUUCCACUUCCCUGCUUCCGAACUCCUUCAACCCCAGCAUUUUGCCAUGGGGUUUCCUUCCAGAUCCUAGGGCCCUUGCCACUUGCAGCUUUGACUUAAGGGUACUCCAGUGCUGGAGAAUGGUGAGGGCCAUUCAGAGAUCCUCAUCCUCUUUUUCCUGUCUUCCUUUCCCUUCCUCCCUUUUCCCUGGAGGUCUCGCUCAGGGGCCUCAGACCUCCAGGCCAAUGUGAGGUCCCUUGCAGCUCUGGCUGGUGGAGAAGGGCAGGCAUCUGGAGCUGUAGGGGGGAAAGCUUCCCCAAAGCGCCUCUGGCUGUGUGGGCUAAGAGAGAGCUCUGUACAGUUUUGGCCAAACCUCAGCUGGCUUGGCCCUCUCUCUGACCUCAGGGCCGGGCCACACACCUCCAUGUGUCUUUCUGCCUGCCAGAGGACACAGAAAAUGCACUUAGUGGGUGGAACCCCGCUUGUGCUGGCCCCCCAUGGGGCAGUGCUUCCUCUCUCGAGCCAGUCUAUGCCCUCUCUCCAGUAGGCCCCGGCCCAGACCUCUUCAGCUUCAGGAACUUGCCUUGCCCUGCAAUGUUCUUAUCCUGAUCACAGUCAAGACAGGCUUGGGGGGGCUCAGGUCUGGGAUGAGAAGGGCACUGCCCUCCCUCACCCAUAUUGCAUGCCCCCCCAUUUUCUUCCACCUCUCCACCUACCAGUGAAGACAAUGCACUUUACAGAUAUUGCCCACACACCUCGCUGGGGCAGGGCACCCAGCAUCAGCCCUGGGGAGAGGCUCCCAGAGGGCCAUCCUGAGCCCAAGAUGUCCUUUCUGAGGCAGCAAUUGAAGCCAUCAGAACCGGGGCUGGGAGCCAGAAUGCCCGAGUCCUUCUGUCUGUCAAAAUCUCUGCUGCCUCUCCAGCCCUUUUGCAGCCCUGUUUAUUUAUUAUAAAUAUAUUUUUUACAAGCCCCAGCUCCUCUUCUUGCCCUGCACAUCCAGCUCCUUCCUCAGCUUCUGCCUCCCUCUCCUCUCUCCACUACAGGCUGCAGUACAGAGAGACAGACCCUGGCUGUAAAAAGGGCCAGGAACCCUGGGGCUUGGGGGCUGGGGAGGGUGGUGGUGGGAGGGGCUGUGUG